GGAGCGAAAGCCGCCGCGGCCCGGGUCCCCGCGCCCAGCCUGCGCCCCGCCGCCGCCGCCGCUGCCGCCCGGCCCGAGCAUGGAGACGGCGGAGAAGGAGUGCGGCGCCCUGGGAGGGCUCUUCCAGGCCAUCGUCAACGACAUGAAGAGCUCCUACCCCAUCUGGGAGGACUUCAACUCCAAGGCCACAAAGCUGCAUUCCCAGCUGAGGACCACUGUGCUGGCUGCUGUGGCCUUCCUGGAUGCCUUCCAGAAAGUGGCUGACAUGGCCACCAACACCCGAGGGGCCACGCGGGAUAUCGGCUCGGCGCUCACGCGCAUGUGCAUGCGCCACCGCAGCAUCGAGACCAAGCUGCGGCAGUUCACCAAUGCGCUCCUGGAGAGCCUCAUCAACCCACUGCAGGAGCGCAUCGAGGACUGGAAGAAGUCGGCCAACCAGCUGGACAAGGACCACGCAAAAGAGUACAAACGAGCCAGGCAUGAGAUCAAGAAGAAAUCUUCAGACACACUGAAGCUGCAGAAGAAAGCACGCAAAGGGAAAGGAGACCUGCAGCCCCAGCUGGACAGUGCCCUGCAGGACGUGAACGACAUGUACCUGCUGCUGGAGGAGACGGAGAAGCAGGCGGUGCGCCGGGCCCUGAUUGAGGAGCGUGGCCGCUUCUGCACCUUCAUCACCUUCCUGCAGCCUGUGGUGAACGGCGAGCUGACCAUGCUGGGAGAGAUCACCCACCUGCAGGGCAUCAUUGAUGACCUGGUGGUGCUGACCGCGGAGCCACACAAGCUGCCCCCCGCCAGCGAGCAGGUGAUCAAAGACUUGAAGGGCUCAGACUACAGCUGGUCCUACCAGACCCCACCCUCAUCGCCCAGCAGCUCCAGCUCCCGGAAGUCCAGUAUGUGCAGCGCCCCCAGCAGCAGUAGCAGUGCCAAGGGUGGCGGAGCCCCGUGGCCUGGGGGUGCCCAAACAUACUCACCCGGUUCCACCUGUCGCUACCGCAGCCUGGCACAGCCAGCCACCACCAGCGCCCGCCUCUCCAGCGUCUCCUCCCACGACUCUGGCUUCAUCUCCCAGGAUGCCACCUACUCCAAGCCCCCCUCGCCCAUGCCUUCAGACAUCACCAGCCAGAAGUCCUCCAGCUCAGCGUCCUCCGAGGCCUCGGAAACCUGCCAGUCCGUCAGCGAGUGCAGCUCCCCUACCACGGACUGGGCCAAGGCCGGCCCCCACGAGCAGCCCUCAGGCGCCACCCUGCAGCGGAGGAAGGACCGAGUGGAGCUCCUCCGAGACACAGAGCCAGGCCCGGCUAGCGGGGGCACCCUGGGCCCCAGUGGAGAGGAGGCCCCGCGACCCCGCAUGUCCCCUGCCACCAUCGCAGCCAAGCACGGUGAGGAGGUGUCGCCCGCGGCCAGUGACCUGGCCAUGGUGCUGACCCGCGGCCUGAGCCUGGAGCACCAGAAGAGCAGCCGGGACUCCCUGCAGUACUCGAGCGGCUACAGCACGCAGACCACCACGCCCUCCUGCUCCGAGGACACCAUCCCCUCCCAAGGCUCCGACUACGACUGCUACUCAGUGAACGGGGACGCAGACGGGGAGGGCCCACCCGAGUUCGACAAGUCGUCCACCAUCCCUCGCAACAGCAACAUCGCCCAGAACUACCGCCGCCUGAUCCAGACCAAGCGCCCGGCCUCCACUGCGGGGCUGCCCACCGCCGGGCUGCCCACCACCUCGGGCGCACCCCCUGGCGUGGCCACCAUCCGCCGCACGCCCUCCACCAAGCCCGCCGUGCGCCGCACCCUCUCCAGCGCCGGCCCCAUCCCCAUCCGGCCGCCCAUCGUCCCCGUGAAGACGCCCACGGUGCCCGACUCCCCCGGCUACGUGGGGCCCACGCGGGCAGGCAGCGAGGAGUGCGUCUUCUACACCGACGAGGCCGCCUCGCCCCUGGCCCCGGACCUGGCCAGGGCCUCCCCGAAGAGGCUCAGCCUGCCCAACACAGCCUGGGGCAGCCCGUCCCCCGAGGCCGCCAGCUACCCGGGGCCGGGGGCCGGGCUGGCGGCCGAGGACGACGAGGUGCAGCAGCAGCAGCUGGCCGCCAACCGGCACAGCCUGGUGGAGAAGCUCGGGGAGCUGGUGGCCGGCGCCCAUGCCCUGGGUGAGGGCCAGUUCCCCUUCCCCACUGCCCUGUCGGCCACCCCCGUGGAGGAGACUCCCACCCCGCCCCCCGCUGCCACCAGCGACCCCCCGGCUGAAGACAUGCUGGUGGCCAUCCGGCGCGGGGUGCGGCUCCGCAGGACCGUCACCAAUGACAGGUCGGCGCCCCGCAUCUUGUGAUCCCACCCUCUGGCCCGGGUGAGGCAGGUGGCCUGGUCGGUGGGCAGCGGCCACUCAGAGCAAAGGCACAGUCAGGAGCGAGCGGAGCCAGGCAAGCUUUUUUUUUUUUUUUUUUUUUUUUAAAAAGUCAUACGAGGCAAAGCCACUUUAUUGGAAAGAGACACCCAUCUUGGAUUUCAAGGUUUAAACAGGAAAUGACUUAACAAACCUCACCAGGAUGGAGCCUGCGGGCCUGGAACUUGGAUUUGGAGCCUGUUUCAACCUUUGCUUGCAAACUGUCCCUCCUCUUCCUCCUUUCGGGCCCUGCCUUUUCCUGGUGUGGGUGAGCCCCAGAGCUACGCUCCCCGCCCACAGCAGCGGGGCCGGGCCAGCCUCUCCCCGUCCCACCAGCCUGGCUGGGCCCGCAGUGCCACCGCUUAGCUAGCCUAGCCCGGCUUCUCGCCAUCUCCCCAGGGACGGUGGCCUUGGGCUCUUCCGGAAUGCUAGCCCAUCCCGCCCUGACUGAGCUCCCUCCGCCUCCCUCCUCCGUCGUCUCAUCUCUCUGCCUCUCCAGGCUCCUCUCCGUAGGGGAGCAGGGCCGACAGAGAGCAGCUGUGCAAGGGCCAGGGGCCCAACCGGCUAAGGUAUCUGGUUUGCUGAGAAAGCUCUACGGGAUGGCUGGCUGUUGCGGGGUUGGUGGGGAGGUUGCAGCUGGGAGCCCAGCCGCCGUCGCUGCCGCUGCCGUCGUCGUCGUCGGGGAAGGGGGUCUGGGCCCAAGUCAAGCCUCUUGGGGAAGACAUGCAGGGGACCUGCUUGGAGGAGGCUGGGGACCCUGAAGCAGCAUCCCCUCCUCCCAGGGGCGGCUGGGGUUGGAGGCAGGGCGGGGCUGGGCAGUGGGGAAGAAGUCCAGAGGCUAGGGGUCACCUGGCCAGUCCCCCAGGAGCUGCUUUCAGAUGCCGUCGCCAUCCGGGCACAUGGCAACCAACCCUGUGGACCCUGGUGACGGUUUCAGCCACCUCUGGGGAUGGGGGCUGGA